AUGAGAGCGUUGUACCCCCAGCUCGGAAUUCCCCCCUCCAAGUUUGACGGUCGCAGACAAUUGCCACGGGAAGUACUACAAGAUGUGUCGGUCGUUAAGAAGAAGAGCGUGCCGGUGCGCAAAGCGACGCUGGUGUCUCCAGAUUGUUCGCACAACAGAGGAGGGUGUGAACUUGCGGCUAGGCCGACUCCUUUCUGUAUAUGCACUCUCCAGACGACCCGUCCAGCCGAAACAAUGUUUCGGAAAAAUCGAGUGACUCCCACCACCAUCGAUGCCGGGAUAAGUCGAGGCUCCCCUAACAGCCAUUCAUCCUUCCAGAUACCGUCCCAGAUGAACCUAGGACGGUGCAACAUCAACCCCGUCACCCGCUGCGGCAAACGGCUCCAACUGCUGAAGAUGCUGCUGUUCCCUCUCACCCCGGCCAUCUGCCUCUUCGUCGUGACCGCCAUCAACGUCAACACGGCGAUCUCAACCCGGACCGAGCUGCUGGACUUUGACCUAGUCUUUCAGCAAUCCAUUGGUCUCGGGAACAUCAUGCACGCCAUUCAGAUCGAGCAAACCCGGGCGACGCUGUACGGCCGUUACGACGACGUCAGCCGAAUCAGUCUGGACGCCAGUUACGUCGAUACUGAAAACGCCGUAACGGACCUGCCGUACUGGCCUUCGGAAACCCAAUUCGUCUCUGGUAAUCAGUUCCUGGCAUUCCUGAAACUACAACGCGACAAAAUCAGGGAAGAUAACACAACCACCUUCGAGCUUCUCCGCAUCUACUCCGACGUCAAGCAGGCGUUCCUGCCGCUCCUGACCGAGACCAUCCUGCUGACGAACCACGCCAGUCUCUGGAAGAACCUCGUAGCCUACUCCUUCAUCAUACGAACGCAGGAACACACCGGAGCAAUGUCGGCGUACGGAACGGAGUUCUAUCUUCUCGGUUCCCUCUCCACAUUAAACUACCUGACAUUCGUUCGGAACGAAGAGCUAGCUGAGAUCCACCUCAACACGUGCCUGAACUACGUUCCAGAAACACGCGACGUGUAUAACGAUCGGUUGCAGAGCGGGGAAAUAAAUCUGCUGAGUAUUGAGAAGAUGAAGAAAGAAAUAUACAACAACGAAUUUACUGAUGCUAGCUCAGGUCUUCGUAGAUCGAGAGCCACUGACUGGCAGGGGAAUACAACAGCCCAGCUGAUUGUGAUCAGACACAUUGGCGUGUACAUAGAGAGGGUCGUAGCAGAACAAAUCAAGAAGGAUAUUGGCAUAAACGAAGAAGAGAUACUCGUGGCUGCGCUUCUCCUGUCGAUUGUUUGUUUCGUUACUCCAAUAAUUCUCAUCCUCGUCUCCAAGGCAACAAACUCCAUUCAAAGGUUUGCAACAAGGCUCAGUCACAAGACCAUUGAGCUCAACGUCGAAAAGAAAAGGAGCGAUUCCUUGCUCUAUCGGAUGUUGCCAAAACAGGUUGCUAAGCAACUGAAGACUGGUGAUGACGUCAGUGCCGAGUCGUACGAACUCGUCAGCAUCUUGUUCAGUGACAUCGUUGGAUUCACUGAGAUGUCCGCACGAAGCGCCCCCAUGCAGGUGGUGAAUUUCUUGAACUUUCUCUACCAGUUAUUCGACGAGCGUAUUGAGACGCAUGACGUUUACAAAGUGGAGACGAUCGGUGAUGCUUACAUGGUGGCCAGCGGUCUACCCUUACGGAAUGGGAACCGGCAUGCCGGUGAAGUCGCGUCGCUGGCCCUGGACCUGGUGGACAAAAUCAAGGACUGCACCAUCCCUCAUAUGCCCACUGAGAAGAUCUUCAUUCGGAUUGGGCUUCAUUCUGGGCCGUGUGUUGCUGGGGUUGUCGGCUCCAAGAUGCCGCGGUACUGCCUCUUCGGAGACACCGUAAACACAGCUUCGAGAAUGGAAACACACAGCGAACCAAUGAAGAUACACGUGAGCGGUGAAUGCCAUAAGAUUCUAGUCUCGCUAGGUGGAUACACUUUGCAGUCACGUGGUAUGAUGGACAUUAAGGGUAAGGGCAUGAUGUAUACCUAUUGGUUGAUGAACUACAAGCGUGGUAUAACUCCGGGUAGCAAUAUCACAUCAGAUGUUAACUUUAUCACGGUGCAGCCAUCUUCAAUUUCUCCCAUUGAUGUCUAUGUUACCACACCGAGGCUGGAAGAAUAA